UCGAGGGUAAUGCGAUUGUUGUUAACUACAAUGAGACGGCAAACUUCGAUCGCUAAAACUUUCCAGAAUUAUUGACGAGCCAAGCAUAAAAUCGACUUUCCGGCUCCGCGCCGGUCAGAUCCUAUCGAUACGCCGAACGUAUCUCCGCGCCUCUUGAAUCGUGUAACGGGAUUGCAAUAAUUUCGACGACAUUAAAUCAACCUGUUAAAAUACGUUUAUUGGUGUACGGUUAUUUUCGAUACUUUCUUCUUUCGCUAGCUCACAGUAUUCGGAGCAUUAAUCGCGGCACAAGCUGGAACAGCGAAACAUUUCCCUGAGUGAAUGAAGUGAAGACACAGGUUGAAAUUAUAGAUUUUUCAAUUUUAUAUUCGUUAUGGUUAUUAACAAGAUGUGUGCAAUGAAAUACUUAUACACUCGAUCUGGUAUAUCAGCAGCCUCACUCUGUAAACCUCGGCAACAUAGAAUCAUCGCUGCUUGUCAGACAAACUCCAAACUCCACUCCAUUGUUGAAAAGAAAGGAAAGAUAUAUGAGCGUCGUUUGGAACAACCAACGCCAAAUGUAUCUAUGGGAGAAGUUAUACUGAACAAAUUGCGCGAGAACGGCAAUCAUGUUUAUGCAAUAGACGGACCAACCGGCAAUCAGAUAACAUAUAGAGAACUACUCCAGAAAAGCGUGAAGUUCGCAAAGUUUUUACAAAAGUUCGGGAUAAAAAUAGGGGAUAGAAUUGGCAUUUCAACCGAAAAUCGAUUGAAUUGGUUAAUACCAGUUUAUGCAAGUUACUACAUCGGUGCUACAGUUGCACCGUAUAAUCCUAUGUACACAGAAUAUGAAUUGCAGCACAUAUUAAAUAUUGCGAAGCCGCGUAUUGUUUUCGUAUCUCAGCACACUGAAAAUCUCUUCGCUAAGAUACUACCGAAAUUAUCCUGGAAAAUGGAUUUAAUAGAGCUGGACGAUCAACCACUCACAACAAAUGUUUGUACGUUGACGAAUAUCUUAAAUAACGAACCGGAUGUAGACUACAUGAAAUACAAGCCUGUAGCUAUCGAUGAUCCCAGUCGUCAACCGUUGGUUAUUCUCUGUUCGAGUGGCACCACAGGGUUGCCGAAAGGAGUGGCACUGUCUCAUAAAAAUCUAAUAACGGCUUUAACAAAAUUUAGUAAACCCGAAUACAUGGAUACGAGAAGCGAUGACAGAAUAUUGGUACUGUUACCGUUUUAUCAUGUUUACGGGAUAGGCAUAUUGUUACUUGGUCUUCUCGGGAACUGCAUCUUGAUCAUAAUGCGUACUUUCGAGCCGCAACUCUUCCUAACCCUGGUGCAGAAAUAUAGGAUUACCUAUCUGCCGGUGGUGCCGCCAAUCAUGACGUUCCUGGCGAAACAUCCACUGGUAGAUAGUUGUGACUUUCGCAGCGUGAGAGAACUCAUCACCGGAGCGGCGCCAGUUGCAAAGAAUAUUAUAACCACUGUGAAGGCUCGCAUCGGCGUAAAAAGCAUUCGCAAUGGCUACGGCAUGACGGAGUUGUUGUUUACGUCCCUGAACGAACGUGACGAUAAUGAUGACGAGUUCGAGAAUCCAAGUUGCGGGCGGUUCUUACCUGGAUUCCGCAGCAAAGUGAUCGAUCUCGAAACUUCUCAAAAUCACGAAAGUAUUACUCUCGUAAGCAGUUGCUUCUGCUUCGUAGAAAUAAGAAAGGAAAGCCUUAGCCACCGUAUGCGUUCUAAAAUAGAAUUAGAAACCUUGACCGAAAUGAUGCGUCAGAGUAAAUCUAGUCUAAAAGUAGAACACCGCCAUAUAUGGAAGCGUUAG